AUGGUGUAUGUGUCCAAUGGUGAGUUGUUCGUUUGUUGUAGCCUGCCGUUUUUUCAUCGUAAUUGUGGCCAUUUCAAAUGGAUCUAAUUUUUUUGUUGAAACAUAACAGUAAUAUUUAUAUAUGUUGCUCAAUGUGAGCGGGGUAUUAUCGUUCAGGUGAUCCAGCUGCUGUUGUGUUUACGUAGCGGUAUGAGUUGUCCUCUACCUUUGUCACACAUUCACAUUCGUAUCUAUUUAAGAUUUGUCGCAGCAAAGAUGACUGUGUAAGUGCAGGACAGUUCAGACGAAAGUAAUUGAAUGUGAAAAAAAGUUUUAAAAACGCACGCGGUGCUGGAUUUGAUCUCACACGAACAAAAAAUAAACCUUAAAAGAACCUCUUGCGGAACUAUUUGAGCCAAUGGUUUAACAUCAAUUAACUGCUUCCGUGAUCGAUCAGUCGUCUACGUCUGCUUUCAGAUAUCCCCCGGUAGUAUAUGAGCUAAUUUAAAACAAAGGUUUCCUUAACACCAGGAAAUACUUAAAGAUAUUACCCGGACGCUGACGUGGAUGAUUGAUACCUCAAGUACACACGUGGACAAAAUUGUUGGUACCCCUCAGUUAAAGAAGGAAAAACCCACAAUUCUCACUGAAAUCACUUGAAACCUACAAAAGUAACAAUAAAUAAAAAUUUAUUGAAAAUUAAAUAAUCAAAAUCAGCCAUUACUUUUGAAUUGUUGAUUAACAUAAUUAUUUUAAAAAAACAAACUAAUGAAAUAGGGCUGGACAAAAAUGAUGGUACCCAUAACUUAAUAUUUUGUUGCACAACCUUUUGAGGCAAUCACUGCAAUUAAACGAUUUCUGUAUUUGUCAAUGAGCGUUCUGCAGCUGUCAACAGGUAUUUUGGCCCACUCCUCAUGAGCAAACUGCUCCAGUUGUCUCAGGUUUGAUGGGUGUCUUCCCCAAAUGGCAUGUUUCAGCUCCUUCCACAGAUGUUCAAUGGGAUUCAGAUCUGGGCUCAUGGAAAGCCACUUUAGAAUAGUCCAACGCUUUUCUCUCAGCCAUUCUUGGGUGUUUUUGGCUGUGUGUUUUGGAUCGUUGUCCUGUUGGAAGACCCAUGACCUGCGACUGAGACCAAGCUUUCUGACACUAGGCAGCACAUUUCUCUCCAGAAUGCCUUGAUAGUCGUCAGAUUUCAUUUUACCUUGCACACAUUCAAGACACCCUGUGCCAGAUGCAGCAAAGCAGCCCCAAAACAUUGCUGAGCCUCCUCUAUGUUUCACCGUAGGGACAGUGUUCUUUUCUUCGUAUGCUUGGUUUUUGAGUCUAUGAACAUAGAGUUGAUGUGCCUUACCAAAAAGCUCCAGUUUGGUCUCAUCUGUCCAAAGGACAUUCUCCCAGAAGCUUUGUGGCUUGUCAACAUGCAUUUUUGCAAAUUCCAGUCUCGCUUUUUUAUGAUUUUUUUUCAGCAGUGGUGUCCUCCUUGGUCGUCUCCCAUGAAGUCCACUUUGGCUCAAACAACGACGAAUGGUGCGAUCUGACACUGAUGUACCUUGGCCUUGGAGUUCACCUUUAAUUUCUUUGGAGGUUGUCCUGGGCUCUUUGGAUACAAUUCGAACGAUCUGUCUCUUCAAUCUGUCAUCAAUUUUCCUCUUGCGGCCACGUCCAGGGAGGUUGGCUACUGUCCCGUGGGUCUUGAACUUCUGAAUAAUAUGAGCCACUGUUGUCACAGGAACUUCAAGCUGUUUAGAGAUGGUCUUAUAGCCUGCACCUUUAAGAUGUUUGUCUAUAAUUUUUUUUCAGAUGUCCUGGGACAAUUCUCUCCUUCGCUUUCUGUUGUCCAUGUUCAGUGUGGUACACACCUUUUCACCAAACAGCAGAGUGACUACUUGUCUCCCUUUAAAUAGGCAGACUGACUGAUUAUGAGUUUGGAAACACCUGUGAUGUCAAUUAAAGGACACACCUGAGUUAAUCAUGUCACUCUGGUCAAAUAGUUUUCAAUCUUUUAUAGAGGUACCAUCAUUUUUGUCCAGCCCUAUUUCAUUAAUUUUUUUUUUUUUAAUAAUUAUGUUAAUCAACAUUUCAAACGUAAUGGCUGAUUUUGAUUAUUUAAUUUUCAAUAAUUUUUUAUUUAUUGUUACUUUUGUAGGUUUCAAGUGAUUUCAGUGAGAAUUGUGGGUUUUUCCUUCUUUAACUGAGGGGUACCAACAAUUUUGUCCACGUGUGUAGCUAAUGAAUGUGAGUUUUGCUGGUUUAUGGUGACGCGCAGUAGGUAGAUUAUCGUGUCGAUUAUCUUUUGCGCGAUCGAAUCCAACUCCACACCUAUUUAUUUAUUAUUAUUAUUAUUUUAACAAAUUCAGUACUCUGCAGAUAGUAAACUUUACUUAGAUAUUAAGAACUGAAUCUGACAAUCAGUGUUAAGUCAGAUGGUCAAUGAUUAUUCAUUAAUAAUGGCGUGCAGGAGCUAAUAUAAAUGUAUUGGUUAUUAUCACCAUAGGGAUUUAAUAUCAUUUUCUAUUUUGCAAGAACUGAUGAUGUUUAAUCACCUUAAAGUCGUUCAGGUGAUCAGGCAUGUAAAGAAUGAUAGUGAGCUAGUGACAAGUAGCCUCAGGUUGAUCACACUGGAUUAAAAACUGCCUAUUAACAUAAACAUAUAUAAAAUUGUUGUCUUUUGGCUUAACAAGGUUUUCAUGAGAGUUGGGAAAUGUGGAAAGAUAUGAUCUUUAAAAGGAUGCAUUAAUUCUGGGAACGGGGGGCCAGAUGAUUUAACAAGAUCUGAAAUUUACUGCACUGCACAGCUUUGGUAACUUGUGUGUAUUCUUAUUUGCAAUAAAAUCGUAUAUUUGGCUACAUGAUCCAUUUUUGGUCCUUAAAGACUAAAUGGUAAAUAAUAAGUUGCCACUAGGUUAUGAAUAUUUUGCUGUUAAUGUUAAGAAAAACAGACCACCUCCUGCAAGACAAAAUUAUUACAAUCACGGAUAAUUAAUUUGUGAAUUCUAUGUAUGAUGCAUACGACCAGCACAAAUCUCAGAGAUAAAAGUGAACAAAAGUUUGAAUGGAUAUCAGACGGAAGUGAAAAGCUUGAUACAAUAACAAUGAUUAGUCAGGAUGUCAGGAUCUCUAGCAGUCACUUUGGAUAACAAGUUCCUAGGGAGGUCAACAGUGAUACUUCAUGCAGUGUUGACAAAAUUAAAUGAUCAUUUUGAGUAUAAUUCUGAAAACUUUAUCUUGUCACUUCCACCUGCAUUUAAACUGCGUUUUAACUGUCUGACUAAAAUGAAAAUUAUUAAAGAAAUGUGGAGGAAACAUAAAUUGGAGCUUACUUUUUGUGCUUUACAUUUAGAACUAGGGAUGCACGAUAUUUAUCAGACCGAUAAAAUAUCGGCCGAUUUGGGGGGAAAUUACGUCAUUUUUUAUCGGUCCGAUAGGUGCAUUUUUCCGAUAGAAAGAUCCGAUAUAUUGAUGAAAUUACGAGUAACGUUUGCAGGCGGAGUAGCCGCCCGUCCGAGACACGCUGGUCACGUCGUCUAUCAAGCCUUACUCGCAAGCCUGACCCCGUCACUGCCUGACAGAUAAUAAAAUGUCUUCACCAGCACGGUCGUUUCUCUCAGUGGCAGAAGAUGACAACAGCAUUGCUAUAUGCAAAACCUGUUCAGCGAGGAUUUCAAGAGGAGGAAAGAAGACGUCAAGUUUUAACACAACGAAUCUGAUAGCUCAUCUGAAAAGUCGCCAUCGCGGCGAAGCGGUAUUAAAAGAAUAUGAGACAGCCGCCGAAGCUGCUAGCGGUACUAAAGCUAAGACAACAACACUACGGAGGAUCGAUGUCCCCAUUCAGCAGGCGUUUAAAAACUGCAAAAGCUUCUCAAGAGACAGCGAAAAGGCUAAAGCCAUUAACGACAAAGUGACGGAGUUCAUAGCGGGCGACGACCAGCCUUUUUCCGUCGUUGAGAACCCGGGUUUUCGUAAGUUCAUAGCACACUUGGAGCCACGUUACACUCUCCCAAGCCGCCGCUUCUUCUCGGAUGUGUCUCUUCCUGCACUCUAUGAUAUUGUCGCCACAUACAUUCACAACCUGAUCGACAAGAACGGACUACACGUGAGUUUUACCACAGACAUAUGGACGUCAGAUGUUAGUCCGGUCAGCAUGCUAAGCCUAACGGCUCAUAAUAGCUCCUUUACAGUUUACAGUUCUGUUGAACAGCUCAGGGGAUCAAAUGAAGUUCUGCUUUUUGCUCUGUUAUUGUUAUUUAUAGCAAAUGACCACAUUUGAAGAGCCAGAAACUUUUGUUUGUUGUUCUAGAUAGGCCAGAGCAACAAAAAUAUCAGUUUUCAAUCGCUGCAUCCUGCACAAACUGCAGAUUAUAUGAAGAUUAUAAUAAAUGUAAAAAUAUGAAUUUAUCGGUUAUCGGUAUCGGUAUCGGCCAUGAGAAGAAGAAAAUUAUCGGUUAUCGGUAUCGGUUGAAAUUUUUCAUAUCGUGCAUCACUAUUUAGAACAAAACUACGAAUUAGCUAUGUUGGUUUUUGGUUUAAAAUGCUGAAAGAAAGGAACCAUUUGACUUAAUUUUUGGUUCAUGAUUAAACAGAGAUCUACUCGAUAUUCAAUUCAGAAUGGUUUAAGAAGAAAAGGAAGAACUAGAAAACAAAAAAAUGAGCAAAAACUGCUUUGAUUUUGGUUUAUUUGACUCAGACAGUAUAAUGAGUUCACAUGUUUUUGUUUCAAACAUAAAAAAGGUAUUAAAUAGUCAUUUGGCCUUUCAAUCACUUUUGGAAAAAAAAAUCCCUGUCAAGCGGUGCUGAGGUAGAGUGUCUUACUUUUAAGUUUGAUAAGUUGUUUUCUCAUGGAUAACAAAUACUAAUCUAGCACUCUAUCAAAAAUAGGUUUAUAGGCCAUGAGCCAGGGGGGUUGGUCGGUAUCAACUGAGGGGAAUAAUGCUCAUAGUGAUUUUUGACAUUGUAUACAUGUAUAGAGUUAGAAUAUACGUGAUAGCAUUGCAGCAGUGGUAGCUAAAUGGGUUCUAUCAUGCAUUUUAUUUUAUAACACUAGGCGAAAAUUACAUGGGUCAAUAUAUGAAAACAUACAACUUAACCCCCCAAAAAACUUAUAGAAAGGGUUUCUUUUCACCAUACAUCAUUUCUAUAAGGUGUCUAGACUAACAUAAUAUAAGUCCUAUGAAAUCCUAGUUGGAAAAGUAUGUUAACUUCGCCAGACAACAAUACGCAAAUGAGCUCAAAACUCGUUAAAAUUUGCCCAAAAUACUCCUUUUCCCCUGAACUAUUAUCACAGUGAAACUAUUAUCACAGUAAAAGCACAUUGAAAGAGGGUGAUGGCAAUGCUGCUUUUGGACUGGCCACUAACCUGAAAACUGCCCGGCUUGGUUGUACCUACCAGGGGUAUAACCCCGGCUGGUGUAGUCUUCAGGGUCACUGAGGCACACAAGCCUCCCCACCACGACAAGGUAGCAACAAUAGGGGAGGGUGUGUUUUUUUUGUGUGUUUUUACUUUUUUGUAUGUUUAUUUUUGCCUGGAUCCUCGCCACCUUUUCUACAUGUCAGUUCCUGGCUUGUUCUUUGCUUUGUUCUGGGACAGAUUUAAACCAAGGAAGGUGGUUUUGGUGUAUAUCCCUACGUUUGCCGUUCAGGAAUAGUGUAGGCCUGAAUCUCUCCAAUUCUCAAUUAUACAGAUCAUACUUUUUACUUCUAUACGUUCACAACCUAAUAAUCAAAAUCAUUUUCAUCAACUUCUUCCAUGUCUUCUUCAUCUGAACUUUCCACACUGUCUGAGGUGGAUGCUUGGUUCUCACAGUCUGCCAGUGUACACAUGUCAGUACACUUGAGGCCAUUUGCAAUACAGACACAUUUUGGGAGUGAACAUUUCUUUGGACAGUUACAAGCCAGUAGAUCUGCUUAGGACCCUCGAUCAUAAAGCAAAGUGAUUCAGCUCCUUGACAUGAAAACACUCUGAUUCAGCUCCUUGACAUGAAAACACUCUGCUGUUGUCUGAAUUGUGUUGUACAGGAAUACUCCACCACCACUGACUGGCCUAUUUAUACUGUAUGCCUUAAUUAACUCAAUGCACAGCAUGUGUGUAUUGUGCACACCCAGCUCCAUCCAUUUAGACUGACUCAGGCCAGGUGUGAGUGUGACAACUUAAAUCACAGCAAGAAUAAAGUAGAAAUAUAUAGCCUAUGCAUUACUUACCAUGUUUUAUGUAUUCAUGUUUAGGUUGUGUACAAAUUAAACCUCUGUGUUACAUCUUUCAUGAAAAUGGAAGACAUAUAUUGUCACUAUGUUGUCACUGCUUAUAAGAGAAAAAAACAUCUAGAGAUGCUGAUUCCAACAACUCUACAGAACAAUAUAUAGCCUGGGCUUUAUUCUGACAUUUUUUCACAGAGAUAGGGUCAAUUAAUAAGAGAGAACCAUCAGUUUGAAGUAGAAUGAUUAAUUCGGAUUUUGAAAACUGUGUUUGGCAUGUGGUCAUAAAUUGAGUGAUAACACACAGAAAGCUACCACAGAUGCAAUGCUAUCACAUUUUUUCUAGUACUAGAGGUGUACCUACCCAAAAAUCACUAUGAGAAUUAUUCCCCCCAGUUAACACCGAUGACCCCAUAUUUGGAGUCCUAGCUCAAGUCCUAUUAGUGACUCAAAAAAAUUGAAUUUUUAUACAUUUAAGCAUCAGCUCACAAACUGGUUUAAUUCUCACUUUCAACAAUGUGCUGUACCUUUCACUUCCCUCUUUAUCUCCCAGGUCAGGUUCUGGACAGCAGGAUCCAGUCACCAUGGCGAAUUUCCUUCCUUGUCGAUCUUUUCUGGGGAGCUGUUGAGUUUGUCAGCCUUUUGUAAGUCACAUAGCCAUUGGGUAGUAAUUCAGUUCUUGAGUGGCGGCGUGUCUUUGUGCAAUACACAGAUGGUAGUGAGUGUUAAGCUGCCUAAAAAUUGUCAGCACUUCAUACUUAGGUACCAGUGCUGGCAGUGCUUUGGGCUUCUAAAAGAUUUGCCCCCAUCAAUUGUGUAUUGCACAUGAAUGCUUUAGAAUACUCUGAUGCCCUUGCAGCCCUGACGGGCUGCAUAUUUUUACAUUUCUGGCUCAAUAUUACAAUAUUAAGCAUUUAAAUGGAAUGGUGCUAUACUUUAAAGUAAAUACACAUUUCUAUGUGUUGUUCUUUUACAGAGAAGAUUUUUAAAUAAUUCAAAAACUCAUGCCACCAAAGUGGGCAGGUGUCUUCUAGAGUUUCAGGACACUUGAAGACAGAUUUGGUCAGCCAGCAGCGUAAUGCUCCAAAAUAGGGCUGGGGCGAUUAGUCGACAUAAUCGACUACAAAAAUUUGUCAACUCAAAAAACAAGUGUCGAUGCGUCGCAUGAUGACGGAGACAAUGGCUACUUCAGGUAAUGGUGGAAGUAUGGACAGCAAACGAGCUCCACCUAAUGGGGUCGGUUUAAAAACUUACUUUAGUAUUAUCUAGAAGCAGCUCCUCUCAAUCAGUGCAUAUGUUCUUUGUGGCUUCCUCGUUCACAUUCCAAGAUCGAGCAUACAGUGACCUGUCAAUCAAAUAACUGACCGCUGGUGCUGCAAACGCCACAUCAUACGCCCAGCAUCCCAUAUCUAAUUCAUUCACUUUAUGCAGUUGGCUCAGAGUUGAAUCAUCAAUUUUGUGCUUUUAUUUGUCCUAUAACUCCCUAAUUUAUCAGCUGUGAUCGCCGACGAUAGCUCGCUAAUGCUAAAACUUGGUGCACACGAGCUCCGCUGCACAUAUGUACACUGUCAUUUCUCCUGGGAAUCUCCUGUAGUUUGAUGGUCCACGUUAAUUCAUGGGUCGGAUCACUAUAUUUGUCCAAAGUUUCCAGGUUUCCAGACCACCGAAGAUUGUCCUGUGAUUCUACUGAACCUCACAGACACUGGAUUGAUAUUUUUGCUUUACAAUUUGGGAUGAUUCAAGUCGGUUUAAGCUGUAUAUUAUAUUUAAGCAGUGUUUGUUGCAAAACGAACACUUCAAUGAAAGGGAAACAAACGUGAGAGUAGUGCCAGACUUCUUUUCUGCAGAUUGAUUUGACAUGACUUGUGUAAUCACAUUGUCCCUUGCAUUGCUUUUGCUCUUGAGAGUGAAUUAUUGUUUGACUGAGCAGUAAAAAUAAAAACCUGGGAGCAUAAGUCUGUAUCUACUGUAGUGGCUCUUGAGUAAGAAAUUAAAGCUGCCUUGCAUGGCUGCCAAGUUAAACUUACCAAUGUGACAGUUGCUUAUGUUGCUGGUGGUAUUAUUUGUAAAUACUGGAAUGAAAGACAAUCUUGGAUUAAAAGACUUAUAUUCACUCUGAUCUCUCUGUUUGUCCUGUCAUAGUUUUAAGACAAUAGUUCACCCUGACUUGACCAAGGAUGGAAACUGUGGUUCAUCACGCUUCAAAGAUGGCAGAGGGUAUGUUUCUGGAGCACAUACAUUUCUACACAUACAUGUACCAUCACUCUUCUUUUAUUGUUUUGAAAGUAGGCUUUUUGAAACUGAAGAAGGUUUUAACAGGGACUUAGACACUACAUCUGCAACUGAAAAAAGUGUUAAUUCUGCCAUGCCAUGCUCAUGACACUGCAGGUUUUUGCAAUGUACUCACUUACCAAGGAAUAAAGUGACUUAUACAAAAUUAUGUCAGAGAAUAAAUUACUAAAUAGGGAGCUCUUUUCUUACUAGAUAAAAUACUGGACAUAAACCAGUUGGAUGAGCAGCAAAAGUUAAUAUGGCAGCAUAUGCAGGUUUAAACAAAUCAAACUUUGCGAAGUUAUGCUGUUCCACGACACAUUCUUUUUUGUUGGUGUUUUGAUUGAUUUGUAUAUUGCAUAUAAACAUAUAAACAGAACAAAAACUGGAAUUAAAAAGAAUAGAAGAAAAAGAAUGAAAAAUGAAAUAAAAUAUAUAAAAUUAGAAAUCACAAAUCCCACCCCAAACAAAUAACAGAUACUUUACAGGUUGUAGAGAAAUAUCUUCUGAUGCUAGGUAGGGAACAUCAUCAGUGAUGUAACCUGAGGUCAUUAGGUGUUUCAGGUCUCUCGAACAUCAGAAGCUGUGUCCGAAAUGGCAUACUACUCCUACUAACCCCGCCUCUGAAUUGAGUAGGCAGUGCGUUCACACUGUACAGUAUGCGAAUUUUGUGUAUGCGAGAAAUCCCCGGAUGUAUACUCAAUCGGCUUCGAUUUCUGAAUGUGGAACGGAGCUUGCUUCACGUACUGCUUCUGCCCCAGAUUGCAUUGCGCACCUCAGCUGGUAAUAUGGCCCUUUUUCCCGAGGCUGAAAAGAAAUAGAUGGCAUGUGAUUUCAAUAUUAAUUAUAUAUAUAUAUAUAUAUAUAUAGAUAGAUAGAUAGAUAAACAAUAUUUAGUCAGUAUACAUUACACAAUUUUUAUCAUUUUAUCAUAUUUUGAUCUUUUUACCAGAUUUAUUUGUAUUUUAAAUUAGGAUUAUAGGUAAUGUUUUUAACUAUUCGUAUGAAUUUACUUUAUUUAAGUGUCUAUUAAAGAUGUAUUUAUUACAUUAAGUUUGAGCAUCUUCUCAUCUCUGAAUGCAUCAUCAAAGUGGUCACUCAUAUUAAGCACAGACCUCUGAUUAAUAAAAAUUAUUAUUGGUAGAGAGCACAUGGUUCAGAAUAUACAAACGGGGGAGUUUCCAGUUAACAAUGUACACUGUGUGCACAAUUAUUAGGCAAGUUGUAUUUUUAAGGAUAAAUUUUAUUUUUGAACAACUACAGUGCUCUCGGUCAAUCCAAAAUGUUAAUAAACCUCAAACCUUAAUAUUUAAGGGAGUAAAAGUGAGAUUUUGACUUCCUUAGGAGAAUAUCUAUGUGUGCACAAUUAUUGGGGGCAGCUAUAGUGUGCAGAAUUAUUAUGCAACUAAAUUAAAAAUGAACAUUUUUCCAUCUCACUUGUUUAUUUUCACUUGUUAAAGUGAGAAUGAUAAACAAACAACUCAAUUUACAAAUAAAAAUUGUUGAAAUUAAAAAAAAAAAAAAAUUCAGUGACCAAUAUAGCCACCCUUCUUUUCAUUAACAGUCAUAAGCUUUCCAUUCAUGGAGUCUUUCAGUUUCUUGAUCUGUUGACGAUCAACUUUUUGUGUUGCAGUAACCAAAGCCUUCCAGACACUGUUCCAGACACUGUUCAGAGAGGUGUACUGUCUUCCUUCACUGUAAAUUUCCCGUUUAAGAGGGGCUCACAAGUUCUCAACAGGGUUUAGGUCAGGUGAAGAAGGAGGCCAUGUCAUUAUUCUUUCGUUUUUAAGGCCUUUACUGGCGAGCCACAUAGUGGAGUACUUUGUUGCAUGCAAUGGAGCAUUGUCCUGCAUAAAAAUCAUGGUUUUCUUGAAAGAUGCAGACUUUUGCCUGUACUACUGCUUGAAGAAAGUGUCUUCUCAAAACUGGCAUUGGAUUUGGGAGUUGAUUUUAAGUCCAUCUUUAACCCAAAAGGUCCAGCUAGCUCAUCUUUAAUAAUACCUGCCCAUACCAGUACCCCGCCUCCACCUUGCUGGUGUCUGAUUCGAAGUGGAGCUCUGUGCCCAUUACUGAUCCAGCCACGAAACCAUCCAUCUGGUACGUCAAGAGUCACUCUCAUCCCAUCAGUCCAUAAAACCUUUGAAAAAUCUCUCUUCAGAUAUUUCUUGGCAUGCACCUUGCCUUCCAGCCUUGGCUCUGGCAGUCACUCACCAGGCUGACAGUAUGACCAUAAACAUAAAAAGAAGUAUUAUCAAGAACAUCAUUUGUAUGUGUAUAGGUGUACACACAUGCACAAAUAUUUUAAAAAUUACCUAUGAGUGGAUCAAUGGCAUUGGACAGUGUUUUUUUCUAAGUCAAUGCAAAAAAUAUUUUGUGAAGCACUUUGUAACUUUAUUGAAAAGUGCUGUGUAAGUAAAGUUGUUAUUAAUGUUAAUAUUAAUAUUAAAAGGGUGUCAGGACCUCCAUACUCCAAAAAUGUCUCUGAAUUUUUAACAAGAUCAGUUUCUCCUGAGGAGAAAUGCUGAUUCAGCAUUUCUACUUGUUAUUCUCUUUUUUUCUUUAUUAGUAUUAUCAUGUGCCUGCCAAAUCAGAUUGUAAAGAAACAUCUUUAACCCUGCAACACACCCCCUGCAAAAUGUUCACAAUCUUUUCACCUCUUUAUGUUGUAUACACAUUUUUUGAUGGCUUCUAGAGUUUUGUCAUAAAUCAGCUUUGAGCACCUGAAAGUUUUCAGCACUUUUCGAGGUCAUGGCUAGAGUGGUGGGAUCACCUAUGACUGACAAAACCUACUUGAAAUAUAUUGCUCCCACACCCACCAAUUUCACUGCACAGACAUAAAAACUACAUCAAAGUGUUGGUAAAUUCGUCCUGCUUCCCACAAAAGAGCUGUCAAAUCAUUAAAUUGUGCCCUUUGGCCAACAGGUGACUAAUAAUGCAAGGUGUGCAGAGAUUCUGCCCAUUGACCGUAAUUUAAUCUUUUGGACAGAAAAUCCAGAUGGUCACUAAGGGUAGGCACUUUUUAACUCCCCAAGUGUUCACGAGAGUUUCGGGAUUCCAACAAUGUUCUUAUUUUUAUGGUAGGAUUUAAGUAAAUUGCGCUAAAUCUCAGGAGGUCAGCAGGCGGGGGUUAUGAUUAUCUAUAACAGACAGGUCAUGAGGAAGGAUAAUGCUAUUCUGUAUUGUCUGAACCACCCACUGCAUUACGAAAUUGAGGCUUUUGCCCUCAGGCCACUGUUUUAGGGCCUAUGAGGAGAACUAAGGGAUUUCAGAUCUCAGCUAUCCCCAGUGCAAUUAAUUUACUUAAUGGCAAUUAGGCCUUAGGUUGCCCAUGUUCUUCUUUGCACUGUUUAUUGCAUUUUUGCACAUCUGUAUUUUGCACUUUUCACAGGUUAUUAAGGCAGUUAUUUGCCAGUUUUGGUAUUGGCUCUGGGCUAAACAUAUUUUUUGUGAUCUUUUGUACAGGUAUAGUGUUUCUUUCAUGUGUGAGUUUUUAUCAUGUUUUGACUUUUAGACUAUUCUUACUGUAUUGUCACUGUAUACCCUGUCUUUGUUUGCUCCUGUUGCAACACUAAUUUCCCCUUAUCCCCUUCCUCAAACCAAUACUAUGAAGUUGCAAUGGGAAAUCUGGAUUUAAUGCCAGAGGGAACCAUGUAGAAACGAAAAAGGGAAUAUUUAAUUGUCUUAUAUCCCUUGUAGCGAUUUGAAAUGAGCCUCACAAGGCCGCACCAAAAUAAUACUGUAGCGAUUGGAAUUUAUAAUAAAUGUCUGAAGAUUAAUAAUCUCAAAUUAUGACAUUUAUGCACUCGUUGAAAGGGGCACCACCCACCCUUAAUGGUGGGAAAAUAAAGAAAACAAAAGUUUAAUUCAGAAAUCAAACAUCAAGUCAGUUUUAAUUAAUCAGUCUCAUAUCUUAAGUCGAAAUUCUAAUUUCAGGGACUCCACUUCUGGAAGAACACUAACAGACAGGAACUUAGAAAAAUAAUGAUCUGUUUAUUACAGGAUAAAUGAUGGUACAACACACAUGCAAUAAAUGAUGAUAAGAUAAUGAGGAUAAAAUAAUAAUAGGUGAAUAAAUAAAGAUUCUGAGUCAGGCUAGGAGCACUAAAGUUAAUGAUAGUGAGUGAAUAUGCGCUAACAUAUUAACCUACACUAACUUUGGUGUCGAGAUAAACUCGGAUGUGGAUUUGGAGGAAUCUAAGAUCACCAGAACAAGAGGAUAUCUGAGUUAUGAACGCAGGAGACAGCACCAGCCCUCUUUAGAGCUCUGGAGGUUUGCAUACUUAAGUGAGACUGGUCCUUGGAGAAGAUGGAGCAGGUUCCGAAGGUCCGGGCUACUGGCUACUGGCGGUUCGAGCGGUUCAGCUCAGAAGACGACUGAAGUCAGCCGAAGGAUGAGCCAGGAGUUGCAGCACUCGGGCCCGAAGCAAAGCCAGCGCCUGUGGAUCCUGUGGAUGCUCGUUUGGGUACUUCUUUGGUCUCACUCAAAAACUCUGGCACAGAGGAUGACCUGGGCCUGCUGGGUUGCGUUCAGAGGUGACUUUGAAAAUCACGCAGAUAACUCAGAAAAACGAGACUUGAGCAGAGAAAACUUUCAAAAAUGGCUUCGCGAAAUUAAAGAAAAAUCAAUCAAAGGCUUAAUCUUGAAUUGCUAUGUGCACAAAAAGUUGAAGUUUCAAAACUUGAACUAAGACGAUGUUAAAGAAAAAUCAACGUGAAUCAACACGUGGCGUAAAACUUAGAAGACUAAGAAAAAGUUCUAAGAGAAAACAAAGAAACGCACCACAGAAGGGUGUGGGCAGAAGAGAGGGUACAAGAGUCUAGAGAGAAUAAGAGUAAGAGCAAGAGAGUCAGCAGAAGAGAGUGAACAAGAGCGUGAGCAACCCCACUUCACUGGUUUUAUCUUCUCACACUGGGAGUGUCUCCGGCCUGUGUGUGUGUGAGGAGAAAGAGGAGGAGGGGUCGUGUGGUCUCCAAGCAGAGAUGAACUCGGAUCUCUGAUUAUUUGAUCUAACUUAUUCUUUUGGCUGGUAAAAGAGUCAGAUCUGAUACUCACUCACUAUGAUUAAUAUCAUUGAAUGCUAGGUUUCAUGAUAAAUAAUUUGAUACUAAACACAUAUGAAUGAAGUGUAGGAUCACAUCAAACAUUCUCAUUAUGUUUUAAGUAUCACAUUGGACAUGCUAAAUUACUCUGAAAUGAAACAGAUAGUAACACAUGGAAACUGUGAACAACGAAAGAGUAAACACAUGUGAAUGAACUUCAUCAUGAUUAAUAAUGGAUUCUAAAUACUCACAUUAAGGUUAUUCAAUGACAUUAUAACCACCUAAUGGUUAAAAAUACUAAAUAAACAACUACAAUAUAAACCAAACAUUUCUAAACUAUUUCUGUUACCUAGAGUUAAGUUAUGAUUCAUAGUCGAUAAAUUUAACUCUUAAAAGUUCAUGAAACAGUCUGAAAAGCUGUUGGUCUAAAGAAACUAAAGAGCGAUAACUCGGCUUCUGGAGCACAUAGAAAAACGGGAAACAUCUCACUUUAACACAAAUUUCAUGAUUAGACAGAUUAGUACAUUGCUGAAUGCAUAAGAUGUCAGGAUCAGUCAUUUGUAUUCUUUCACCAAAGGAAUGCAGUCUUUAUCAGUGCAUGGUCGAGCAGGGUUUUACGACCGAGGUCUGGAGGUCAGUGUCCCCCCUUAUCCUGGGGUCCGUAUGUUCACACACUUUAAGAAGGUAAAUCUCAAAUGGGAGAUCUGGGUGUAGGGGUAAUGCAACAGAUUCACCAAAAUUUAUUUUAUUACCUGACAGAACACUAAAGAGGGAUUUUGCCCUAAAACUACAGGGAUUGAUUCAUCAGGGUUUGUCAAAUAUCAUUAAUCAUUAUCUGCAUAUAAUACAAUGGUGUGCUUUUCCUUACCCACUACAAUCCCUGAGUUGUCAGGGUCAGACCAAAUAACUUUAGCCAAUGGCUCAAUUAAAAGUGCGAACAUGAGAGGGGACAGGGGACAACUCUGUCUACAACCCUUACAUACAGAAAACCUUCAGAUAUCAAGCCAUUAGUAUUAUCAUUAGUUUUAAGGUCUGAAUAUAGUUAUGAACAUGUUAAUAAUAUUAGACCCCCAAAAAGUUUCUCAAACACUGAAAAUGUGAAAGGCCAUUCCACACAAUCACAGGCCUUCUCAGUGUCCAGAGAAAUGAUCUGUGCUCAGUCUUUGUGAGGCUUAAGGAGUUACGAUGUUUAAUGCAAGACUUGCAUUAUAUGUGCUGAAUCUAGUUGUCACAGCUGUUCUAGUUAGCCAAUAUCUUGGAACAUCUCAAGAUGAUAAUGCCUGCUCCCACCUCAGGGCUGUUUGGCUUUUGAGGUCCAAAAUCUCACUUUAAAAAAAGAAAAGGCUUGAAAAAAUAUAUAUGUAAUUCCAGAAAAUAAGUUGUGAUUAUGGCAUUUUUCUGUCAUAGAAACAUGCUAAAAAUCACCAUUUUUAAGGAGAUUGUCAAACUGAUAUAGAUUUGAUUUUUUGUGAAAUAUGUGGAUGGUUAAUCAAAAAGUAGAGGCAGCAAGCUCCAGAAUCUUGUUUUAUUAUUUCCACUGUGUUUCAGGAUGCUCAAUACUAAAUUUCUUACUUCUGUAACAUAACACACUAAUGCAACAACUUACCUUUUUUCAUUUCUGAUUUUUCACUAUGGCCUCGCCCCUUCUAAUUGUGGUUGAGCAGCUAAGCAGCAUAACUUCAAUAGACAUAAUAUACACAAAUAUAUACAUUUAUUAUGUCUAUGGUUACCCCACAGGGCUGCGUGUCCCCUGCAUGUCGCUUUGCCGGAAGCACGUGAAUUAAAACACUGAAAUCUGACAGAUUGCGAGGGCAUCUCCUAUGCACAGCCCUCUAAAGGUCACCCCACAAAUGUUCGAUGGGAUUCAGGUCUGGGCUCUGGCUGGGCCAUUCCAAAGUCUCAAUCUUAUUCCGGUGAAGCCAUUCUUUUAUUGAUUUGGAUGUGUGCUUUUGGUCAUUGUCGUGCUGAAGGAUGAAGUUCCUCCUCAUUUUCAGCUUUCUAGCAGAAGGCCUAAGGUUUCGUGCCGACACUUAACUGUUAUUUGGAACUGUUCAUAAUUCCCCCCACCCUGACCUAGGCACCAGUUCCAGCUGAAGAAAAACAGCCCCAAAGCAUGAUGCUGCCACAACCGUGCUUCACUGUGGGUAUGGUGUUCUUUUGGCGAUAAGCAGUGUUGAUUUUGCACCAAAUAUACCUUUUGCAAUGAUGCCCAAAAAGUUCAACUUUGGUUUCAUCAGACCGUAACACAUUUCCCUCAUGCGUUUUGGAUAUUUCAUAAGUCUUUUUGCAAAAUUAAGCUGGGCUUUGAUUAGGCCUGCAUGAUAUAUCAUUUGAACAUCGUCAUCGCGAUGUACCUGUGUGCGAUAGUCACAUCGCAGAGCCUGCGAUGCCGGAGGUGAAUGAACUCAGUUAAUUUCAAGAGUAACUGACUGCGAUACACUGCAUGUGACUCUGCAUGUGCUGUUCAGUGAUCCACCAUCACCUUCGUUCUUUACUCAGUUGCCAAUCAGACUCAGUUCUCAGUUGCCAAUCAGACUACCCUGCCAGCUGUCAAUCAAAAUCAGAGAGGAGGAAACCCACCCCUGCACAUGUCCUGCACAUGGAGUGAGACGCAUGUCCGCUGAGAAUUACUUUCGGAACAUUCUUCAUCACCGUUUAGCCCAACAAAUAAGAAUUGUAUGGGUUUUAAAUUGUACAUUUCCGUGGACCACUCUACUAUAUGCAGUGCGUGUUUUGUGAGGCGUUUCUCAGCACAACUCCGUUAACAACAACAACGAUUGCAAACUGAUCAACAAACAGAGAAAACCACAGAACAUGAAGACUUGUUGCCAAAAAGAAAAGGAAAGUCAGUUAUCUAGAAUUAUUUCGGUUACAAGAUGGAUGAUGUCGACCAAAACAUGUUUUGUGUUCAUCUGUUGCCACAAUAACGUCCCAGAACAAUAAAAGCUAAAAAUAUCUCUGAGACAGACAGAAGCCAUUCUACAAACAUUCACAAAAAGAGGUAAGAUCAGAGAAGGUUGACUGUCCUCAAGAUUUCAGCAGUGCAGCAUAACAUUAACACUAGAAGGACCACAGAGCAGCCAUUUGGCUUUACUCCCCUCAAGGUCCACGGGGCAGCCGAUCGGCUGGAAGGAUUUUAGCUAAUAUCCUAAAUCACCUGUGAGCACUCAUUUUGUUAUGCAAACGAGGUGAUCGUUGGUGCACCACAGGAGGGGACUGGACUAAGUGGUGUAUGCAGUGGGAAGGGACAACAGAAAGGAAGGGAUCAACACACAUGGGUUGAUUACUUUGUUGCUGAAAUUUAUUGAUUAAAAAUAAACAAAAUUUAAACAACUGUAUAGAAUAAGAACAAGAAUCAGAAUCACAAGGGGUUUUAUUGCUAUUGUCAAUGAACAGGUUUCACAGACUAGGAAUUUUUUACGGCGUGAUGGUGCAACAUUAAACAGAGUAUAAUAUGUAAAAUACAAGAAUAAAAAAUAAGAGCAUGCAGGACAUAUAUAAAGAAUAAAAGUAUGAAAGGCUAUGUACAAUGCUAGGAUUUUUUACGGCGUGAUGGUGCAACAUUAAACGGAGAAUAAUAUGUAAAAUACAAGAAUAGAAAAUAACAAGAGCAUGCAGGACAUAUAUAAAGUAUAAAAAGGUUGGUGAUGGACUUCAGGUGAAUAUGCAUCAUCAGGAUACAGUGUUAGACUCUCACUCACAAUCCUGGCACUGCCAUGGUAUCUCCCUUCUGCAUUUCCCACAUGUGUAUCUGUAGCAGUCAACACAUCGCACAGUGGCAUGAUUGUUCUUACACUGAUUUUUAACCUGGCACAUGGCUCUUUUCCCAGGGCUAGGUGUGGAAGGUUGUUGCCGAAGCAAUUCUUCCUUUCAUGCCUUCUUCGCAGUCACAUGAGAGUUAGCCAACUCUCUUGCAAGCUCCACCAGGAAAUCCACCCGUCUCUCCUUCCUCCCGGUGCAUGCUUGAUACAGCACAUGUGCAUCCAAUGCUGCCAUAUCAAUCAUGUUAUAGAACACAGCGACUGGCCAGCGCCAUGUUCCUGUGCGGACAGUGUACUCCCGCACCAUCUGGUCCAUCACAUCCACGCUGCACUUUGUAGCAUUGUAAAGUUCAUUGCAGUCCCUCUGUCUAGAUGACUGUGGAAUUUCCUGGCGAAUCUUGUUGACUGUGCCUAGGAUGGUGGUUUUCCGCCUAAGCAGUUGUUGCGCAAGUGACAGUGAUGUAAAGAAAUUGUCCGUGGUAACAUUUCUGCCCUUGUCCAGGAAUGGUUCCAUCAGCCUCAUGACUACAUUCUCGGACAGUCUCUCCCCACUGGGACGACUGGGGUCCUUGCCAAGAUAUGGGAGGACAUUGCAGAUGUACUUGGAUUUCAAGUCACAAGCCACCCAAAACUUGAUCCCAAACUUGUCAGGUUUCGUUGCAAUGUACUGCAGGAAACAGCAGCGAGUCUUUGAGGGGAAAAGCUGUUGGUCAAUGGUGAUGUGUCGACCAGGGUUGUAGGAUGUGAUGCAGUUGGUGACAAAUGACGACCACACAGCAGAAAUUGCAGCAAACUUGUCAGUCUUUGUGCGCUCACUGCGGGUGUCCCUGUCAUCAAAGCGUAGGUGUCGCAUGAUGUCUUUGAAGCGAUUUCGGGGCAUGGUUGCCAUGAUCUGGGGGUUUCCCAGGUUUGCUCACCAGCAAACCAGAAAAUGUGAUAAAUUGUCAAUCAAAUAGUGAUCCUGUGAAUGGGACUGGUUGCAUUCACCUGAGUCGUUAUGGUCAUUCUCACAUUCAUACUCUCAACAGCUUCACCAGAGUAUAAAAAAUGUAGUGUCAUAUGCAAACAGUAUGCAAUUUAACAAUUUAGAUACAUUUACAAUGUCAUUAAUAUAAAGUACAAACAGUUUUUGUCCGUGGACCGACCGCUGGGGCAUCUGCUGACGUGCAGGAACAUCAGGAGAAGUAGAACCAAACAAAACAAACAGAGGCCCAAACUGUCUGUGCAGUGGCUAUGGCUGAAGCAGUUUCUGUCUACAGUUGUUCUCAGGUUGGAAACUCCCCUCCCCCUCCCCACUCACUCUCCCCACAACACAAGUUUCCUUGAAAUAACUUAGCAUAUCCCCUCCUGUGGUGCACCAGCGAUAGCCUCGUUUGCAUAACAAACUGAGUGUUCAGAGGUGAUUUAGUACUAGCUAAAAGCCCUCCAAGCCAUUUGGCUGCCCUCUGGUCUUUAUAGGUAGAACAGCAAAAAGCCGGUCCUUCUAGUGUUAAGUGCUAUUCAGGUCAUCUGGUGAAAAUUCCUGUAUUUUUUAAUAUCGCAAUAUAUAUCGCAGGGUUGAAAAAAAUCGCAAUAUUAAUUUUUUCCAAUAUCGUGCAGCCUUAGCUUUGAUGUUUUUCUUUGUAACAUAAGGCUUCCGUCUUGCCACCCUACCCCAUAGCCCAGACAUAUGAAGACAGUGGGAGAUUGUUGUCACAUGUACUACACAGCCAGUACUUUCCAGAAAUUCCCGCAGCUCCUUCAGGGUUGCUGUCAGCCUCUUGGUAGCCUCCCUGAGCAGUUUUCUUCUUGUCUUAUCAAUUUUGGACGGCUGUCCUGUUCUUGUUAAUGUCACCAUUGUGCCAUAUUUUCUCCACUUGAUGAUGACAGUUUUUACUGUGUUUCAUGGUAUAUUUAAUUCCUUGGAAAUUCUUUUGUAGCCCUCACCUGACUGAUAUCUUUGAAUAAUGAGAUUCCUCUGAUGCUUUGGAAGCUCUCUGUGGACCAUGGCUUGUAGCUACAAAGCUGUCAGGAAAAGCCUACUAGAACAGCUGAACUUUAUUUCGGGUUGAUCAGAGGCACUUUAAUUGAUGACAGGUGUGUGCUGACUCCAAUUUAACCUGAGUUUAAAUGUUACUGGUUAAAUCUGAACACAGCCACAUCCCCAGUUAUUAAAGGGUGUGCACACUUAUGCAACCACAUGAUCUCAGUUGUUCAUUUUUACUUCACCUCCCUGAAAGAUUUGUUUGGUUUUCAAUUGUGUUGUCCAGAUUAUAGGUCACAUUAAAGGUGGAAGAAGUUGUGAAAUUAUUUAUGUUGAUGUAAUUUUUUUACAUGACAAAAACCUGGCAGUUGAACAGGGGUGUGUAGACUUUUUAUAUCUACUGUAAGUGCCUACGUUUGUCAAGUGCUCUAGUGAGGGGUUUUAAACGUAACCCCUAGUGCUCUGUGUACUGAGCCUGGCUUUAUGUGUCUUAUAUGGCCGUUAGAAGCAGCUUUCCAGUCAGCUGUGUGUAGUGCACUAACUGCACUAAUUGGUUGAUGUGUUUAAGGUAGAUGCAUCACUACAGCAGGAGAAAGACGACUUGAAGCUCAGCAAGUAGUUGUAGUAGUGUGUGCGUGUAGGUCUUAUCGAAAGAGACUCAAGCACACACAUGGUCAAAGUGUGUGCAUGUAGGUCUCAGACAGAGACUCCCACACACAAACAUGGUAAGUGUGUGUGUGUGUGUGUGUGUGUGUGUGUGUGUGUGUGUGUGUGUGUGUGUGUAUAAACAAUACAAAAAUAACAUUACGGUCAAUGGGCAGGAUCUCUGUCCUGUCACCUGCUGACCAAGGGGUACAAUUAAAUGAUUUGAAACCUUUUUUGUGAGAAGCAGAACCAGUGUACCUCGAUUUUGAUGUAUUUUUAUGGCUGUGGAUUGAAAUUUGUUGGCAUGGGAGCAAUAUAUUCGAGCUAGGUUUUGUCAAUCAAAGAUGAUCCUCCCACUCUAGCUCUUCCAAUAUGCACUCAUAAAGCCUGAAAUUUGCUGAAAACCAUGAGGUGCUCAAAGCUAAAUUGUGGAAAAACUGUGGAAGAUAACACAACAAAGUAAAUACAACAUAUUCAAAUGAGAAGAUUAUGUACAUUUUAAAGCAAAAAUUAGGUCUGGAGGUGAAAGUAUGGGGAAGUUAUUCGGCUUGGAAGGUGGAAGAGUGAAAUCAAAAAUUUGAAGAUUUCCCCAUUGGUUUCCAUGUUAAAAUUUUGGCACAAAAAGUUAAAAACUACAAAAAGUAUAAAGGUAAUAAAAUAAGUCCUGCAGGAGAUGAAUAGUAUAAUGUUUGAAUGGUUGAAAUAGCACAAAGUAUGAAGGGGUUAAAACCAGACAAAAAAUGGUGGAAGAGUAAUAAUAAUAACUAGAAAAUUCCAGCGAAAUUUUGUUUGUGCCUGCCCGCUCGCCGAUUCACUGCUGCUUGCCACUGAUUUACUCACAAUCAGUCCAUGUUUUGGGUGGAGAUACAUGAGGGCAUUAAUGCACCAAGGGCUACUUCCUGUUUGGGGAUGGUGGGGUCAUCCAAGAUGGCUGCAGAGUGGGACAUGUCUUCAGAGUGGGGUCAGGAGGGACAAUGUCAAACAUGGUGCUGAUAUCUUAAAGCAUUGACGAUUUAGUGCCUUUGCCAUGAAUCUGGCUUGAAACUCAAGGCAAUCCGGCUGUGUCUGUGUUGUGGUAUCUGGAAGACAGCUGUCAAUCAAGACCAGGUGGGCGCGCCCUGUGCUCUAAGUGGGAAUCGUCUCCAUGGUGACGGUGCACCUGCAGCUCAACUGUGACACAGACUUUGCCUCACUAAGCCUCUGCCUGCUUACAACAGGACUCGCCCAAACAAACUCACUUUGUAGGAAAACUGUAAGAGAUAUUGAAAUUCGUUUUUUGCAGGUUGAAGUGUUCGGGUCUCAUCUAAAGGUCAGAGUUCAAAUCACAUUUCUACUUCAAAGUAUGAAAUCACAAGCUCCAAAUAUGGAAACCACCCCAUGUUUUCAGCAGCUCUAUUCACUUUGAAUUGGAAUCUUGAUAUCUCACUAGUGCCCAUAAAAGGCUUGUUGCUGACAAACUACAUGUUGUAUCAGAAAAAACUCUGGACUGUGAGCGACUGCUCAAAUACAGCAAUGACAUACCAGAAAGACAAGUUGCUACGCUUUAUGGUUUAGACGGGAGCGCAGGUUGUUCGGAGAAAAUGAGAAACAGUCAGAUGUGGAGCAUUUGUGUUCUUUUUGAAUGGUGGUGGAUGGAGGUGAAACAGGUACCUCCUUGUGAACAAAACCUCGUAACUUGAAAAGUGAGUGUCUCAUGGAUUCAAGGCUCACAUUUUCUGCUGGUAGAUUUCCUACAUUUUGAUGUAUAAUUUGUGUAUGUCAAGUGAAAAUUGUGGCCUAGGCAGCGAUUUGGAAAUUAAAAGUUGGGAAUACACGUUCACUUCUCUCAAAAAUGAAGAGUCAUCACUUUAAAAAUCGGAAAAUCCUCAUCUGCACCCCUCGUUUUUAACAGUUACUGUGGCCAAACCUGACCGGAUAUCGAUGAGCCGUCUACACUUUUGAAAUCACAGGUCCAGUGUUAACGUUUUGAUGUUUUAAUCACUCUUCUACGUCAAAGUAUGGCGACAGGGCGAGGCGUCAAAUCAUGUGAAAAAUCAAAUUUUUUUUUUCUUGCUCUCUCCCAUCCACAAGGAAAUUUUCACCACUUUUUGGCAUCUAGUGUUGCCAUGGAAACACUAAUGAUAGAGAAAAGUAUUACCCACCAUCGCACGAUGGAGAUGCACAUUUUGAUAUAUUACUGUUCAGGCCACAUUAAUUGCCGAAUGUGUGUCUAUAAUAAAAUAAAAAAAAUAAACCUGCCGUCAAGGAUACUAACACAUGGUUUGGCACACAAUACACACUAAUGGGGAAUUUUGGGGGGCAUUUUUUUCAAUGUUUUUUUUUCAUCACCACCUGUCUUUUUCAGGGGCGUAUGCUCUGCAUUUUGGGGCCGUCACUGAGCCUGCCUGGACAAUAACAAUAUGUGCAUGCCUUGCUCGACAAGGCAGGCACAUAAUAAAAAAAAUGGCUGACAGGAAUAACAAUAAGUGGAAAUGCUUAAUUAGCAUUUCCACUUAAGAAGUAGGUAGUUAACAAAAAUUAGAGAUUAGUUAGUUUAAUUGUUUUCAGAAACACAAAAGCUGAUGCAGGAGAAUUGAAGGAUAACAUCUGCUCCUAAAGGAGACAUUAAAGACAAGCUUUGAUAGGUGUAUCUAUGGUACAUCUCGUGACAGGCCAUCUCUCUCCAACUAAAUCAAACUAGUGUCGUCCCUGCAGGGUCUCCGCAGACAGGCCAGGGUAGAAACGUAGCUGAAAGUCAUUAUAGAAAUUAUAUUAAAAUAAAUUUCUUUAAAGCAGCUCAAAGAACAGCUUCUGUUUGAGGAUACUGCAAAAAUCACACCACAAUGCUUCUCUGGGAUUUGUUUGAGGCUGAAAAAGGAGCCAGGGCUCAGUGGACAGGCUUACUUUCCAGUGGCAGAGAGUCGGUGGGUAGUCUGACCCUAGUUGGUAUCAUUUUCUAAUGUAAAUCUGUAAUAGGUAUGUCACUUUCUUACUUCUCUGGCAGAUUAAUAAUCCUCCAAUUUUACGGUGGAUCAUUAACUUUUGGCCUUACUUGCGCCACCGUUUUCUCCAUGGUGGUCAGUUUGACACAGCAGUUUCUCUAAUCAUCUUGCAUGGUCGAGAUUCUGGUCAGGGCUUCAUCCACAUGCAUCUCCAAGUUGGUCACUCUGUGAUAGUGUUUGCUGUAGACAUGUUUGCAUCAUCCAGCAUUCCAUUUCCACAGCACAGUAUGCUGCUCACUUUAUCUGGUCUUCGCUGAUCAGCCUCUCCACAGAAAGAAACUCUCUUAAUGCUUGAAAGCUGAAAAACCAGGUCUCAUUGCCAAGCUUGGCCAAAUGAUCUAUAUCCCCAAUUUUCAUUAAUACUUCAGUCAUUUUAAUUUCCUCCUAACUUCCACAUCUAUCAAAUAUAGUUUUAGAUCUGUCAAAAUAGUAAAGUUAAUAAAAUAAAAAUAAAAAUAAGACCAAAGCACAAAACAGGAAACAAAACAACAAAACCUAAUGCUGAAAAAUGACCACCUCAAGUUUAAAAUACUUGCUCCCGUGAGAAAAUCCAAUCAUAAAGUUUCUUUAUGGUCCAUGUACUUGGCGUUAUCAAUGAAGUAAACCGCGUGAAAAUCACCAGAGAAAUGAGCAUGUACAUCUAAUGCCUUUAACAGGGACGUUGCCUGCACCAACAUGGCUGCAAUGUAGGCACAGCGCGCUGGUGUAUCUAGUCUUCUACAUGGAAAACUAGAUACACAGUCUUCUAUAUAGAAGACAUCUACCUCAGUGGUCUGUGCUUACAAGAGCCUCUCGCUCUAAGUCAGAACUUCCAGGUCAUAACAAACAAGUGAAUAAAAGACCUGAGCCUGUUUUGCCUUGCAAAGAUCCUCAAUUCCUGGUGCAAUGUUUGAUAAACACAGCCACCGUCCGAGAGAGAGGCUAGAACCUCCAGUAACAUACAGAGGAUCCUUACUCCCUCGCCGAAAUUUCAAGAAGAUUUGGAGCACUAAAUAUUUGUUUACUGAAGUUGGCGGUAAACCCGUCUGUUUAGUUUGUGGUGAGCUGGUCGGUGUGUUCAAGGAGUACAAUUUGAGUCGGCAUUAUAAGACAAAACACGCAGAGAAAUACAGACACUUGGCGGAGGCUGAGAGAGCGUGAAUUUCGGAAGACUUGCUAGCAAAGCUAGCAAAACAACAAGGCUAUUUUACCAAGCUACACACAGCCCGGGAUGCAGCGACCAAGACCAGCUUUGUAAUAUCCAACAAAAUCGCUAAAAACUGUAAGCCAUUCUCGGAUGGUGAGUUUGUGAAGGAGUGCUUGGUGGACUCUGCCACGCUAAUAUUCCCUGAGAAUAAAGAAGCAUUUGAAAAAGUCCCGCUGUCCAGGCGAACCGUCACCAGAAGGGUAGAAGGCAUCGCAGAGGAUCUCAAACUUCAGCUAAAGAGUGGAGUUGAAAGUUUUGACUUUUCUCUUUGGCUCUGGAUGAGAGCUGUGAUGUCCGUGACACUGCCCAGUUACUGGUAUUUCUCUGAGGAAUAAGGCAGGACUUCUAGAUUACGGAGGAGCUGGCAGCAUUGAGGUCAAUAAAAGGGACGACAACGGGGAGCGAUCUGUUCAAGGAGGUAGAUGCAUGCAUGGUCAAGCUUGGACUAAAAUGGGACAAACUGGAAGGUGUCACUACUGAUGGUUGUCCGAAUUUGACAGGGAAAAAUGUCUGACUUUUGAAACAGAUCCAAGAUAAAGUGACUGAACUCGGGUCAGAGCAUAAGUUGGUGUUGAUACAUUGUAUUAUACAUCAGCAUGCGUUGUGAAGGUCUGUGCUAAAACUUAACCAUGUUAUUAAUGUUGUAACCAAAACGGUUAACUUUAUCAGGGCACGAGCAUUAAAUCACAGGCACUUGUUUGCACUUUUAGAGGAGCAUGAGAAUGAACAUGGUGACAUCAGGUACCACACAGCUGUCAGAUGGCUCAGUCUGGGCAAAGUGCUAAAAAGAUUUUGGGACCUGAAAACAGAGAUUCAAUAGUUUUGUAAAAACAUUGAGGAUGAAAUGCACCUGGUAUCCUCUCCCUUUACCUGCAGAGUAGAUAAUGCACCCAGUGACGUUCAGCUAGAGCUCAUUGACCUGCAGUCUGACACAGUACUGGCAGAGCACUUUAAGUCAGCAUCACUGCUGGAGUUUUACUCAUCUCUCAAGGAAGAGAACUUUCCAAACAUGAGGAGACAUGCUCAGAAGAUGUUGGUUCUGUUUGGAUCUACCUACAUAUGUGAACAAACAUUCUCAGUAAUGAAGUUUACCAAAUCCAGGUUCAGAUCCUCUCUUACUGAUGAUCAUCUGUCAGCUGUACUUCGCAUCUCCACCUCAGACAUUCAGCCUGACUUUGAUGCACUUGUUAAAGCCCAGCAAAGGCUAGAUUUCUCUCACUGAACAAGAAAAGAAUACUGAAAUGUGUUCAUUUUUACUUUUUGCCUGCACAGUUUUACAAUCUGUGAAAAGAAAAAAUGUGACAUAUCUUGUUAAUGAUAUUUGGCAUUGUGCUGUUUUAAUAGAAAGAAGUGUUUUAAGGUGAAUGUAAUUAAAAAAAGAGUUACAAAUGUUUCAUGUUUACCAUUGUUUUGAAAAUUGCACUGAAGAAAAUAAUUUUUUUUGUGAAAAAAAAUCCCCUCACUUUCUUAUUUUUAAUAAUAAUACAGACACCUACCAGCUAGUGUAAACAAUGCCAUUUACUGCUUUCAAUUUAUAAUUAAAAUUUAUACGUAGAAUAGAGUUUAAACUUUUGGCCCGGCCCUCCACAAUAUUUUCUGCUUCUCAUUUGGCCCCUUGGGAAAAAUAAUUGCCCACCCCUGGUAUUAAGUGUAAUGGUUAGGAUGAGUUUCUUUAGCCAGUCAUGUCAGCCUUUAGAGUGGUGGAGCUGUGUCACUCAAAUACCUAAGAUACUUAAGUGUUAGGUUGCUGGAGACAGGGGGGGCGUCCGACAACCAUCCUCAUCAUCUACCUUGUACCCAUGUUUUCCAUCACACAGGUCCCCAAAAUAUGUUCUGUCAUGGUAUUUCCUUCUAUGGACCCUCCAUAUGUUCACCUAAAGCUCCUUAAAAUAUGUUGUUCUUUGUUCUUACUGUACAAGGAUUUUUCUUAGGGUCAACUAAAUGUCAGCAGUAUGUUUAGAAAUGUGGACGACUAUAUAUACUUGAAGGGUCUCAGACCAAUCUUUGUUACGCUUCUGUUACACUUUGCUACACUUUGUUACAUUUGUGAUAUGAUGAAGCUGUAACCCAGAUCUGUAACCAGUAAAGCUUGUCAAAAUUAUCAUUUGUGUGGACCUUCCAUUUUUAUAAGGUGUGAACAUGGGCUAGGCAUCCUUACUGUAAUAAACUUCAUCAUCAGAGUCUCUCAUUAACACACCUGUCUGACCACAGCAGCUCGUUACACCACGCCACUGUUUAAUGGAGAUCUGACAUUAGAUAACAGAGGGAAAAAUUUCUUACCUUCACUCUGGUGUCUAAAACAGUCAGCGUUACUCAUCCAGCUCCAACAGUUUAAUAAUCCACCAAUAUUAUUCUCGUUUACACCCUGUUUGAAUCCCGUUUACAACCUCGCAGUUAGCAUCUCAUCCAUUUGCUUGAAAAAAAAAGUUUUUAAUGCUGUCUCUGGUCAGCCGGCUCAGACGUUUACUUCCUUGUCUUCUUCCACUGGGACACGGACUGCGUCUCGAUUCUGACGCAGUGAGUUAGUUACAAUCUGUUUGUACCUGUGGUCUGGGCUCUGUACCAGGUCCAGAGCUGCUCCUCCUGUCGGUUUCUAUCGGGACACCUGAAGCUAAAGCGAGUUAAAACUUUUUUUACACAAUGCAAUGCUUCUCUAGUUAUACCAACUUCAGCAACGACCGCAUGAUAGCAAUACACUGCUGUCUGCGUCUCCACACGCAAACCUCAACCAAAAAGUGGCCUGUAGCCACAAAUAAUGCUCAGAACAGCACCUAACUUCAUCAUCAGUAUAUAUAGGGUCCCAGCCAUAGUACUAGCCACCAUGCAUCUUUUUAGCAUUGCCCGGUUUAAUUAGCCAAGUGGGUGAGCCCUGACAAGUCAAUAACUGAGUGCAGCGGUUCAUUUCCUUGAAGUAACAAUCAUCAUAAUUAUCAUUUUGCAUGAAGUAAUGAUCAUAAAUGUUCUUCCUUGAGCUGUCAAACUCCGCUGCACUCGGUAAUUAACUUGUCAGGGCUCCCCCACAAAGAAGCAGCUGCUGGAGGAGAUUGGGUGAGUUUUGUUUGGUCACUUUGGUUUGCUUUGAAACCAGGCAAAGCUAAAAAGAUGUUUGAUUGGCAAGUACUAUGGCUGGGACCCUUUAUGUACUGUUGAUGAAGUUAGGUGCUGUUCUGAGCAUUUUUUGUGGCUAUUAAGUGGCUUUUUGGUUGAGGUCUGCUCGUGGAGAGGUCAACCGCUGUGUAUUGCUAUCAUAUGAUCGUUACUAAAGUUGGUAUAACUAGAGAAGCAAGCAGUCGGCAACAUUCAGCUCUCGUGGGGUGGGGGUGUCUAACUUGGUGUUAUGGUGUAGAAAGCCCAAUGCGCGGCAGCCCCUACAUACCCCAGCCAGAUAUGGGCACAAGUCUCUCUGUGCAAGUCCCCAAUAUACAUUAUAUUUAACAUGAACAUAAGUGAGAUAAAAAGUAACACAAAUCUGUGACGACAUAUGAGAUACAUUUUCCACACUUAAAUCAAUAUAAGCUUAGAAAAAGAAGUAAUCGUUCACUUCACAGCUGAAUGUGUGCUGCACUCAAUUACUAAGAAAGCUACACACAGUGCUUUAAGUCCCAGCAAAUAGCCAAGAUAGUAGACCGUAACAAAAGAUCUUCUCUGAUCUGUCCACCUCUGCAUUAAACAGAGGGGAUGUACUCUCUCUGCUGCAGGCUUUGGCUUUGUCAUGUAUGCACAUGAAAGGGCAGGGAGCCCUCAGAACAGCCUUAGCACCAAAUAUACAGUAACUGAUGCAUGCAAGGAAUUCUUUUGAUGAAAAUGAAAGGAUUGCAAUACAGAUUUAUUUUACCCAUUAGCUGCUUCUAGCAUUUAAGUAACUGUAAUAGGAAAGCAUGAAAAAAAAAAUACAUUAUCAUAUUUUUACCUCUCCCUCUCAUUUUUCCUUAGUCCUCCAGGACCCCCAGGAGGUAGAAGACAUAUUGGAAGAAUAAACCAUGGUGGAGGUCCUGGUGCCCCACCAAUGGGAGGGGGUGGGUGA